GACUUUUGCCAAGAAAAAUUUUUUAUUAUUACAUGCGAAAAAUAAAUACAAAUGUUCGGGACUUUGCCCAGUAUACAUAUUAUUUUUUGAUAAUUUUUUUGAUUCUAGCCCUCUUGCUAGCUGGGGAACUAUCUACACUAACACGAUCUUUUAACAGCCCAACAAUAAUACCUAUUACCCUUUUCACGUUGCUUCAGAGUAACUCUGGAUUUUCUUUGAUGGCAGAUUUUGUAAGAUUAAUCUGGUAUUCGCUUCCACUCGUAGAGUAUAUAACAUCAGUAGUAUAUAUGAUAAAAUGCCACUCUGUGCCAGCGUGAAAAAAAAGUUUGCAAAAAUUUCAGAAUUUUACCGGCAAAGCAUAACAAUUCCGGAAAUUUAUUUUUUCAACCGGAAUAUAUGACCAGAAUUAAAAAAUAUCUUCGCUAAAUUACAAUAGAUUUUUCA